CAGAUAAAGACAGGUACGCUUCCCCAGCCUGCUUCACUCAGACACUCCUCCAGUCUAGUCCAGACUCUUCUCCAGUCUAGUCCAGAUUCUUCUCCAGAUUAAGUUUAUCCACUGAUUUCCUGCCAAGAUGAUGGAGGAAGUGUCCAUCGGUGUGGUGCUGGAGGCGCAGGUCAUGGAGCAGAUGUCUGAGGAGGAAAUCUUGGCCACACUGGUCUCAGACUCCUUACCAAAACACGAGGUACCAUCUAAAAAGCCAAAGCUGAAGGACACUCAGCCAGAUGAUCCACUCCACAGAUACCAGAAGGAGAACCAGAAGCUUCAGGAGGCCAGUCUGCGUCUAGAGCAGGAGAACGAUAACCUCGCUCACAGACUCGUCACCAGCAAGAUCGCACUGAGAAACGCUUUAGACCAGGCAGAGGAUCAGGUGGAUGAGCUGACGAAAGAACUUUUAAAAGCCAAACAGAAACUGAUCGUGACCGAGGAGGAGAAGAAGGGGAAAGAGGAAGAGGCAGCACAGUUGAAGGAGGUCUUUAGGAGGAACAUGGACAAAGCAGAGGCUGAAAUCAAGAGAACACACAGCGUCAUCGCUGACUAUAAGAAGAUUUGCUCUCAGCUGACCACGAAGCUUGAAAGGCAGCAGUCUGACGCUGAAGAGAAGCUGGCUCAGAUUAAGAGCAAGGUGAUGGAAUGCCAGCACUGUAGGAACAUCUUCAGUCUGGAUGGUUCCGUGCAGUUAGAUCAAGAGAGCACACAGUGCUCACCUCAGGACACAGAGAAGAAUCUUCUCCGACAGCAGGUCCAACAGCUGGAGAAGGAACUAGCACAGACCAAGCUACAGAUGGUGGAAUCCAGAUGCAAGAUCCAGGAGCUGGAGCACGAAAAGGGGGUGCUGGAGAACAAGCUCCAGGCUGCUAAGAGCACUUGGCUCAAAAAGACCCUGGGUUCAUUGCUGACCCACAGCAGCACCAGCGACCAACAGCAUUCUGCUACUGGCGUCAGGAGGCUCUCCUGGACACCAUGGGAAGGGAGAGCAGCACACGUGUGACCAAUAGAGACUGAUAGGAGUUCUGGACAGGAGACCAACUCUGGAGCCAUCUGAGGACUGAGGUCCACACUACUGAGACAGGGAAAGGGGACCUUCACCAACACGCUGACCAGUGGAGAGGACGAUGAAGGCCCAUGUGGAGAAGACUAGUGCAGAAGCUCUGCAAACCAUGGAUCUCUCACACAUCUUCCUGUUAGCAUUGCCUAUUCUUGGAUUAUGAAAGUGAAAGCAAUUUAGUUUCAUAUUCAUAUUCCACCUUUGGCAAGAAAUGGAAGUCUUGUUUUUCUCCAUUACAUUAUUAUUGAACCACUAUUUUUAUUACGGUUCUGUAUCUGUAGCUUAUAUUGGACCAAUUAAUAUUACAUACGAAAUGCUCACUCAGUGGCUUGUAAUGGCCCAGUCAAAGACUUUUAAGGACACGGUUAGUGUGGGUAACAUAAGUAAUCAAUUUGUCCACCCUUGGAUAUCGGACUAUUUUCUUUAUUAGUUUAGAAAAUGUUCUUGUAGGUUUUUAAAAACAUGCACACCCUUUCAGCCUGAUCCUUUUGAAAGAGUAAGAAGAGAUGAACACAGAAAAACAAGCACUGAUAUAUGUAUGAUCACUGUAAUAGAGCUACUGCUUCAGGUGCAGGUCAGUACUGUCAGGCAGUCUCAGUUGGAAAUGCCCUAAUGCUGGUUCAAAUUAUUAGAUAUUAUUAAAGAAAUAAGAAACUUAAGUGGCAAUUUGUUUUUAAAUGAUUAUUCGUAACCAGACUCUGACACAUCUACUCAACCGCUUCAUAAAAAAAGCCCUCAGUGGCUCUGAGCAUCUGCGUAAGCGCAUUCAGGAGCAGGAUGUCAGUUUCAGGAUCCAGAUGAAAAUAAAUUCAUUAUUACCUGCAUACAUUAUACAUUAGCGUAAAAUAGAUGCUCAAACACAAACUCAAAGAAAGGUCACUGUUUUUCUGCUUUCCCCACAAUCAGCUUCUGUCUUUGGUGGUCUUAACUAACCAGCAAGUUCUGCUCUGCCUCAGGGUGGCGCUGUAACACACUGGUUCACUCAGUUGGUCCUUUAUAGCGUAGAAACUGUAACUCUGCCCGGAUUCCUCUGAAAAACAUUACAAUAUACCACAGCAUAUUGUAAAUCUGAGAACCUGCCCAAUUUCGCAAACUAAAAAAAGGCCAUUUUCAGAAAAAUACGGUUAAACUAAAGCUGCAUUAGCACUGCAAUAGCACGUGAGUUAGCAGCCUGCCAAUACUGGAGUAGCCAGUCAAAUACUCGGGGGUGUUUCGCACUCAGAUAAGAAGGAGACUCUGUUCGCAGAGGCAUUGAUGGGUUAAGCUGAAACUGCAUCAAAUAUGUGUAAAUAAAGUUCAUCAAAUCUCUUCCAUAAUCUCUGUUACCCUACCUGGUACUUGAAUAUGACCUGAAGUCGUCGAUAUCCAGUCCAGUGUUUACACCAUCUUCCAAUCCCAUAGUGUCACAGAUAGUGAUGGGCAGAGGCUUUCCGUCCUUUCUUGCCUUCAUGGA